UUCCCCGCCGGUGCCCUCCUGUUUCAUUUCCUCUCGCCGGCUUUAAGCGGUGAAGGGUCCCGGGAUCCUGCCUGGCUCACCCCUUUGGCCUAGAGCUCCUCCGGUCCCGAUCAGCGCUGCGUCUUCGGCCGGCAGCGGCCCGCUUACUGCAGGCCACAGAGAGCGUAAUCGCGACCGCGGCCUGAGGGGGCGGGACCACGCGCAAGCAGGGGCGUAACCUGUCACGUGACGAGGAAGUACCGUUAACAGCUUUGUCCCAGCGUCCCCGGCGCUCCGGGAUGACGUAAGCCAGGGAGGGGAGGAGCAGGAGGGGAGACUGAAGCUCAGGUGCGGCUCUUAGUGCGCGUGGGGAAGAAAGAAAGCUGUGAUUUGCAUUGGGUGUUCGCGCAGCAAACACUAGUCCAUUAAAAUGAAUAAAAAUGAUUACUAGGACGAAGAGAAAAGCCUUUUCUUGAUCCUACUGCUCCUUUAGUUACCAUCAAGCAAUGCGGGGAAAUGGAAAGGUAACUAAUUUGGACUCAGGAUUAGUGGAUUCUAGUCUCAGCUCUACUUGUGAACUCUGUGACCUUGGGCAAGCCAACACUUCAAAAAGUUCUUUCAUUGACUUUGGUUUUAUUCAGGAAUACUGUGCCUAUCCCUCAACGUAGUUUCAUCUUUCUGGGUAAAUGACUUUCGUGCCAGUGAUACCAGAGUCCUACAACCAUGUUCUUGCAGAAUUUGAGUCUCUGGAUCCAUUACUUUCAGCCCUGAGGCUGGACUCCACUCGUCUAAAGUGCACGAGCAUAGCUGUGUCUCGAAAAUGGUUGGCUUUGGGCAGUUCAGGAGGAGGACUCAAUCUCAUUCAGAAAGAAGGAUGGAAGCACAGGCUUUUCCUUUCACACAGGGAAGGUGCAAUCUCUCAGGUCGCCUGUUGUUUACAUGAUGAUGAUUAUGUUGCUGUGGCUACCAGUCAGGGUCUUGUAGUUGUUUGGGAAUUAAAUCAAGAGCGUCGUGGGAAACCAGAACGAAUUUAUGUGUCUUCAGAACACAAAGGCCAAAAAGUUACAGCUCUCUGUUGGGAUACAGCUAUUCUUAGAGUUUUUAUAGGUGAUCAUAUGGGGAAAGUUUCUGCCAUCAAACUCAACACUUCUAAACAAGCAAAGGCGGCUGCUGCCUUUGUGAUGUUUCCUGUUCAGACAAUAACAACAGUUGACUCCUGUGUUGUCCAGUUAGAUUAUUUGGAUGGAAGAUUACUUAUAUCUUCACUUACUCGAUGCUUCUUGUGUGAUACUGAGAGAGAAAAAUUUUGGAAAAUUGGAAACAAGGAAAGAGAUGGAGAAUACGGAGCUUGUUUCUUCCCUGGAAGAUGUUCUGCCGGCCAGCAGCCCCUAAUAUACUGUGCUCGCCCUGGCUCCAGGAUGUGGGAAGUGAACUUUGAUGGAGAAGUUAUAAGUACACAUCAGUUUAAGAAACUCCUCUCAUCACCACCUCUUCCUGUGAUUAAUCUAAGAUCAGAACCUCAGUAUGAUCAUACGGUUGGAUCCUCCCAGUCUUUGUCUUUCCCCAAACUCUUAUAUCUUAGUGAGCACUGUGUGCUGACUUGGACAGAAAGAGGAAUUUAUAUUUUCCUUCCUCAGAAUGUUCAAGUUCUUCUUUGGAGUGAAGUCAAGGAUAUUCAGGAUGUGGCUGUCUGGAAGAAUGAGCUGUUCUGUUUGCACCUAAAUGGGAAGGUCUCCCAUCUUUCCCUGUUAUCUGUGGAACGUUGUGUGGAACGCCUGCUAAGGAGAGGCCUGUGGAACCUGGCUGCUCAAACUUGCUGUCUUUUCCAGAAUUCUGUCAUCGCCAGCAGAGGAAGAAAAACUUUGACUAUAGAUAAAUUGGAACAUUUGAAAUCUCAGCUGGACUUAACAACCUAUGGUGAUCUGAUUUCCCAACUGGAAGAACUGAUCUUAAAAUUUGAACCUUUGGAUUCAGCUUGUAGCAGUAGAAGAAGCUCCAUUUCAUCACAUGAAAGUUUCAGCAUCUUGGACUCCGGUAUUUAUCGUAUCAUUAAUAGUAGAAGAGGCAGUCAGUCAGAUGAAGACUCUUGUUCCCUUCACAGCCAAACCCUCUCAGAAGAUGAGAGACUUAAAGAAUUCACCUCACAUCAAGAAGAGGACCAAGCAGAUCAGUGUUGUGGCUCACAUGGAAAUGAAGACAAUGUUUCACACGCUUCAGUGAUGUUUGAGACAGAUAAGAAUGAAACUUUUCUCCCCUUCGGCAUUCCACUGUCAUUUCGUUCUCCAUCUCCUCUUGUGUCUCUUCAGGCUGUCAAGGAAAGCGUUUCUAGCUUUGUGCGUAAAACUACUGAGAAGAUUGGCACCCUUCAUACGAGCCCUGAUCUGAAAGUGAGACCAGAACCCAGGGGUGAUGAGCAGUCAUGUGAAGAGGAUGUGGGUCCAGUCACUUGCCCAAAGGAGGAAGACACUGAGGGAAAAGAAGAAGUAACUAGUCAACCUCCAGAAGAGGACAAGUUUCAAGAGCUCAAAAUGGCAACAGCAGAAGCAAUGACCAAGCUACAGGACCCACUGGUAUUGUUUGAACCACAGUCUCUGAGAAUGGUUUUACAGGAGUGGCUUUCACAGUUAGAAAAAACAUUUGCCAUGAAGGACUUUUCAGGCAUUUCAGAUACUGGCAACUCAUCCAUGGAAUCAAACCAGGGUAUGCUAUUGCUUGAUGAGUCCAAAAAGGUAAUAUUAGACGAAGAAGAUGAAAAAGAAAGAAGAGACUCUUCAGGCAAUGAAGAAACUGUUGAUCAAGCAGCAUGUGAAUCUGUAAAUAGUCUGAGGGAGUCCCUGGAUGAUGACAUUUUUCAAGUAUGUUCUCCAUGCAGUAUAGCAGACAGUCUUCAGAAGGACCUGGCUGAAAUGACAACAUUGUGUUUGGAACUGAAUGUACUGAAUUCUGAGAUCAAAAGUGCAAGUAGACAUGUAGACCUCACUUUGCAACAGUGCUCUCCCGAAAUUCUGGCUUGUCAGUUCCUAAAGAAGUACUUUUUUCUUCUGGACUUGAAAAGAGCAAAGGAGAGCAUCAAGCUGAGUUAUACUAACAGUCCUUGUGUUUGGGAUACUUUUAUUGAAGGACUGAAAGGGCUGAUGAUUAAGAUUGGGUUGCUAUGUCCAGGGGGAAGCAUGUGGAAGAGGCAAACAGGCUCUUACAGGGAGGUGUGGCCUGGUAGUGGCUUACAUCUCUUCUGUUGCUGUCCAGUUUUCCCAGCACCACUUAUUGAAGAGGCUGUCUUUUCUCCACUGUGUAUUCUUGCCUCCUUUAUCAAAGAAAUGGCAAGUUCCAAUCCUACAUAUAUAAAGAUGGAAGAAGGAGACCUUCCAACAAGAUUAAAGUUAUUGGAUGACUUGGUCCCUUUUGACAGUCCUUUGCUGAUUGCUUAUGCUACCCAAUUGUAUGAGAAAUUUGGAGAAUCUGCCCUUCGAUCCUUAAUCAGGUUUUAUCCAUCCAUUUUGCCUUCAGAUGUCAUGCAACUUUGUCAUCAUCAUCCUGCUCAGUUUUUGGCUUAUUUAGACAGUCUGGUAAAAUCAAGGCCUGAAGAUCAACGGCCAUUCUUCCUUGAGUCUCUCCUACAACCAGAGUCUUUAAGAUUGGAUUGGCUGCUGUUGGCAGUGUCCCAUGAUGCUCCCCCAAGCACCAGCACUAUGGACGAGGAAGGAGACCCCAGGCCUCAUUCCCACUUGUUUUCCUGGGGUUACAGUCAACUAAUCCUUCAUCUAAUUAAACUUCCUGCAGAUUUUACAACCAAAGAGAAAGUGACUGACAUCUGUAGGUCUCAUGGUUUCUGGCCUGGAUAUCUUAAUCUCUGUUUGGAGCUGGGGAGAAGAAGAGAGGCCUUCACGAAUAUUGUGUAUCUGAAUGAUAUGAGCCUGAUGGAAGGGGACAAUGGUUGGAUCCCAGAGACUGUGGAGGAAUGGAAGCUUCUCCUACAUCUGGUACAGAACAAGAGCACAAAGCCAGCCCCCCAGAAGUCACCAAAUGGGAACUUCAGCGAUGGGCCUUCCCCUAUCAAUGUGGAGAAUGUGGCACUCCUGUUAGCUAAGUCCAUGGGCCCAGACCGGGCCUGGUCACUGCUACAAGAAUGUGGUUUGACCCUUGAGCUGUCAGAGAGGUUUACCAGAACCUGUGAUAUCCUGAGGAUUGCCGAGAAAAGGCAGAGAGCCUUGAUACAAAGCAUGCUUGAAAAAUGUGAUCGGUUUCUCUGGUCUCAGCAGGCCUAAUUGAAGAAGAUUCAGCAGGGUGUCAUGACAUUUUGAGAAAAACUGAAUCGUGCUCCGGAACCUUCUGAAUGCAUUUGUUAUUGAAGGAAAGGCCCCACCUGAGAUCCCUGCCACCUUAUUGGGAGCACUUUUGUCCGUGUCUGUAACCUCUGCAUUUGUGGCUCUAUCUGUACCUCAGUGUUUUUCAACUGAAGUUGAAUUUUGAAAGGAAUCAGUCCUUGUUUGCUGAAAUGAAGUGCUCUGGAAGGAAUCAGAACGUGAAUAUCCCCAGCUAUGCAGUCCUUAUUCUGAACAACAGUGUUAUUUGUUCCUUGCUGGUGGACUGGGGGAAUUCUUCUCCUGUCGUGACUGCCAUGUAGGGAGCAGAAGUUUCUCAUCCUGGUCACAUGAAGACAUACAAUGUAAUUGACAGAAAUUGAAUUCCUUUUUUAUCUUCUCUGGGACACUUGAGAAAUUACCAAAGUAAGAUCUGGUAUAAUGGAAUUAACACAUAAAAUGAGUGAAACACUGAAGAUUCAAAUCAGAUGUUUAAAUGAAAUGGCCCCAUAUUUAAAUUGAGCUAAUUUAAAAUGUGUUUUUUUCCCAGUGCUUGACAUUUUUUAAUCUGAACCUAUAUACAACUAAUUCAUUACUGGAAAUGUUUUACUCCAGUCUUUCCUAAACAGCAGUCUAAAGGAAUCAUGCACUUUUAAAAUUUGUUUUUUAAAAGCCAUAAUAAAGGAAGGCUGAGUACUGAUAAAGAUUGCAGCAAGUGCUUGUAUUAUUUAAGCCAAGUGCUUGUAUUAUUUAAGCCAAGUACUAGAUUGCCAUUUUCAGGCUCCUGUAUACUUACACAGCAUAUUAUAUUAAUAAUAAAUGUAAAAUCUAAUUUAAAAA